UUUCGAAUAAAGUUUUUCUGCCAAACACAUCGUGAUUUUCUAUAGCUAUGGAAUCUAAGUGUUCAUGAAUGAAAAGAGUACAUUUACACCACAUGCUAAAAAUAACGAGUGUGUUGUGUUAUUCUAUUUCGUUGAAAGUGAUACUGAUGUGAGGAAGCUGUUAAAAUUUAAUCUAAACAGUAAUAUAAAUUUAGCAAUAUGAUUUAUAAUAAAUUUCGUCUUUGACAAGAGAGAAUUGAGAGAAUUGUCGAAUUGGUUGGGACAGUGCGAUAUUUUCGUUCCUAUGCAGUGUUGCUAUCUGUUAUUUUUAGCACAUACUAGUCACGGUCGUAGCUCGCUUUUUAUGCCAAGUUGAAGUUAUAGUUCAUUCUUGUCAGAGCUGUACUGAGCAGUAGCAAAAAACGACCGAAAAAUCUUUUGUUGUGCUGAUUUUUGGGCCAUCUUAAAUUGAAAUUUUUUCUUCGAAAUUGCUACGUAAAUAAUUUUAAAGUGUUAAGAAGUAACUGAAAUGUUAAUACCGAUCAGAGUGUUGUGUUUGUUUCAUUGGAUUUUAUUUUCUUCGAACAAUAGGUUGGGACAAGCGAGUUGUAUAGGUUGGGAUACAAUGCACUUACGCUCGCGUACAAGCUUGUGUACAAAUUUUACAUGUAAAAACUGUGAGUCAGAUUAACUCUGUCAAAUGGAAGUAAAUAAGUCUUUGAGGUGCUUAUUCUUACUCUAAACUACAAAUCAACAAAUCAAUAUUAACCAAUAAAUAAAUACAAUGCAUUGAAAUUUAAAUUGUCUUUAAUUAUUUACAUUGUUAAAAGUGUCCCAAUCUAUACGACAAAAUUUUUGUUGGCCAUUUUGAUGCCGUGCAGAAAAUUGAUCCUGAGUCUUAUUCAAAAUUACAAGUAAACAUCUUCCAUUCGCAAACAUUAAGCUACAUAAUUUAUCUACAAAAUGGUGUACUAUGAGCUAAAAAAUAUUGCCAUGGAAACAAGAUAUCAGCUUCAAAACAAACCCGUCCCAACCUAGACUACAUUCCCUUAUCAUUUUUUUAAUUUCGUUUAUAGAGGUUUUAACCUUACGCUCAUUCGCCUCUUUUCGGGUGAGAAAAAUCUCUAACCCUAUGUACGGGGUAGGGAAUCGAACCCAAGUGAACUGCGUACACGGCAAUCGAUUCACCAAUACGUUAUGUCCGCCCUCUUCCGUAUCAUUCUUUAGCAGUAUGGAAAGAUGGAAAAAGGAUUAACAUAUCCUCCUUGAUGCCCUAUUUGGUAUUUUAGUUAGCCAUUGUUUUACAAACGGGUGGCAAAUACAUAAAGUCUACAGCAGCUUUUUUUUCUUUCAUACCCAACUCUUAUGACCAGAUUGGUGGAUGGUGGUUUCUAAGGAGGAGAUUUCGUCGAGCAAAGUAACGGCACUUGAGCACGAAAAUUAUUCGCUUCACGUGUGAAUUGUCUGUUGGGAGUACCUAUAUGGCGGGAAAAAAAUGUUUCACUAUACUAUACAGCUAAAACGAACUCAUUUUGUCCCAGUUUGUAGAAAUGGUCUACGAGCUGCAGCGAACGACUGUUGAUUGGGAGUACCAUACGGAGCGCACGAGGAGACACAGCCUAAGCAGUGUGAACGGAGUCAGUUGGCCGAGAGGUCUCGUGCUGCGUGGAUCUGGGACAAUCAACGGGAUGAAGUACAUCAGGGGCAACAGACGCGACUAUGACCGAUGGAAGCUGCUCGGAAACGAUGGAUGGGGAUGGGAUGAGGUGCUGGAGUAUUUCAAAAAAUCCGAAGAUAACAAGGUUAAGCGGCUAGCAAAUGGUAAAUGGCACAGCACGGGAGGAUACUUAAGUGUAGAUUAUUACGACGAUAGUGAUCCGAUGAAUCGGGUACUGACGGAUGCUGCGGACGAAAUGGGAUUCCAAGAGCUGGCAGAUUUAAAUAGCGAUGAGUAUGUCGGAUAUGGACGGUCUCAAUUUACGAUUGCCAACGGCACUCGUUGUAGUCCAGCUAAAGCUUUUUUGAGUACAAUCCAGCAUCGAAAAAAUUUACAUGUUAUUAAGCACGCUUUCGUUACAACAGUUUCGUUCGAAGGUAAUGGCACUGCGGUACGAGGUGUAAAUUUCAUUUUACGCAAUAGAUUCUCGAUGCGAGCAUUGGCCAGAAAAGAAGUAAUUAUUUCAGCCGGAGCCGUUAAUACCCCUAAAUUGUUGAUGCUUUCGGGAAUCGGACGAAGGUCAGCGAUUGCACCGGUUGGAAUAUCCCAACGCGCUGAUUUGGAUGUUGGCGAGAACCUUCAGGAUCACGUUGCGAUACCACUGUUUUUCAAGUUCAACCGAUCAUCAAGAGGAAUUGUCAAUCUGACGCUAGAAAAGAUACUGAAUCUGUUCAUAUUUACAUUGAAAAACCGUCAACAACCACUGACGAAUCAUUACGUAUCAAGUGUAAUUGCGUUCGUAAAUACAGUUAGUAGUGACGAUCCUUUUCCGGAUGUCCAAUUUGAAUAUACGCAAUUUAAAAAAGGUGGAUCAUCGUCGAUCAUUGUGACACGGGCUAUGGGCUAUAAUGAGCAGAUUGUACAAUCAGUACAUAAGGCGGAAUUAGAGGCGGAUGUAGUUAUGGCUCGAAUACACGUUCUGAAUCCUGAGUCGAGAGGCAAAAUCAGACUGGCGAGCAACGAUCCAUAUGUUGAUCCUAUUAUAGACAGCGGUUACCUGAACGAUUAUGAGGAUUUGAAAACACUCGUACGAGCUAUCCGUAUACAGACACAGAUGCUCAGUACGGAUUCGUUCCGUCGAAACGAAGCCGAACUUCAUCGAUUGCCCAUCCCAGCGUGUCGGUUCAUCCUGUACGAUACUGACGAGUAUUGGGAGUGUUAUGUUCGACAUCUUACAACUACAUUGUAUCACCCGUCGGGAACGACAAAAAUGGGACCGGAUAGUGAUCCGGGUGCGGUGGUGGAUUCAAGGUUGAAGGUGAAACAAGUAGAAAACCUGAGAGUCAUUGACGCAAGCAUUAUGCCAUUCAUCGUGAGCGGGAAUACCAAUGCUCCUACGAUAAUGAUUGGCGAGAGGGGGGCGGAUUUCAUUAAGCAAGAUUAUGAGUUGUGAAUUUAAAGAAUAA